AUGGGUAUUAAAGGAUUAUCGCAACUCAUCUUGGAUGAAGCUAAAGAUUCGGUAAAAGAGGAUCAAUUGAAAAAUUAUUUUGGUAGAAAAGUUGCUAUUGAUGCUUCUAUGGCCAUGUAUCAAUUCUUGAUUGCUUUGAAAAAUACUGGUAUGGAUUUGACAGACAAAGAUGGAGAAGUUACAAAUCACUUGCAAGGUUUACUUGCCAGAACCACCAAAAUGUUGGAAUACGGAAUUAAACCAUGUUAUGUUUUUGAUGGUAAACCACCACAAUUGAAAUCAGGAGAAUUGGAAAAGAGAAAAGAAAGACAAAAAGAAGCUAUGGAACAAUUUGCACUUGCUCAAGAAGAAGGAGAUGAAGAAAAGAUGGUCAUGUGGAAUAAGAGAACAACUAGAAUGACUAAGGAACAAAGUAAUGACGGAAAGAAAUUGCUCAGAUUGAUGGGUGUUCCAGUUGUUGAAGCACCAGGUGAAGCUGAAGCUCAAUGUGCUGAACUUUGUAAAGGUGGUCUUGUAUAUGCCACUGCAACUGAAGAUAUGGAUGCUUUGACUUAUGCCACUCCUGUCUUGGCAAGACAUUUAACUUUCUCUGAAGCAAGAAAACAACCAAUUCAAGAAUUUACCUUUAAACAAGUGAUAGAAGGAUUAGGUGUGACAGUUGAUCAAUUUAUUGAUAUUUGUAUUUUAUGUGGAUGUGAUUAUACUGACUCAAUUAAGGGUAUUGGACCAAAGAAAGCUCUUGCCAUGAUUAAGAAAUAUGGAAAUAUUGAAAAUUUAUUGAAGAAUAUUGAAGGAAAACAUUACCAAGCUCCAAGUGAAUUCCCAUACGAAGAAGUUAGAAACAUUUUCAAGAAUCCUGAUGUUACUCCAAGUAGUGAACUUGUAGACACAAUGAAAUGGACUGAACCAGAUGAAGAAGGAUUAAUAGAAUUUUUAGUGAAAGAAAAACAAUUUGAUGAAGAAAGAGUGAGAGGUUAUAUUAAGAGAAUCAAAUCAUCAAGAGGUAAACCAACUCAAACCCGUCUUGAUGGUUUCUUUACUCCAGUUGCUUCAUCCUCAACCACAAAAAAGAAAGCACCUGCAAAGAAAGAUGAUAAAAAAAGUGCAACUGAUAAAAAGAGAAAAGCUGCUGAUGCAUCCACUAGCUCAAAGAAAAAGAAAUAA